AUGCACUUCAUGACUGCAUCGCUCCACCACAUCAGAGUCGUCAAAGCUGUAAUGAAAAUGCAGAAUCGGGGAUGCCCUCGGGUGUUUCAAUAUGCGAAUUCCCUUGGCUUUGGUUCCAAUGCUCUGCUGCAAAUGAGCCAACCCGAUGUUCCAUCAGUUGUCUUACCCGCCUUCUGCACCAUUGUCAAGCAUGCUCACCAGCUGUGUUUUAGUCUGUGUAAGCAUUUGUCUAUUGAACUACGUUAUGAAUUUGAUGAAUCUCUGCCCUUGGGGGCACCCGUUGCACCUUUGGGGACGAUGGCAGGCACUGUUGAGAGCCACAAGUUUUGUCUUUUUGCCCCUUCUUCACUAAGGAUGGUGUUGGAGAGCACAUGGAAUCUCUUGGAACUGCCUAGGUCAGCAUCCUAUUGUUGUUCGUUGUGUGUCCAGCAUACAGACCACCACAACAGCCACCCCUGA